CCCUUUUCCGACGACUUGUCGUCAAAUUGUAAAAGUGUUUCAUUUUAUCGAAAAAUAAUUGUAUAUUUAUGUUUUUCAAGAGGAAAAAAGUUUUUCAAUAAUGGAUAAAUGUGGAAUAUGUUUAAAGCCAGCAGAGCAACUAUUCGAAACUGGCAAGGACGGAGUAUAUGCCUGUUUCAAAUGCCAGCCACUUGUGCCAGAGGUGACCAUAGGAGACAAUGAUCAAGGCACUUCAGAACAAUCAUCUAAUAAUGAAGAGGAUCAAAAUUAUGGAAAUUAUCAGUGUAAUGUCUGUCAAAAGUCAUUCCAGAAAAAUAUGCAGUUGCAAAAUCACAUGCGGAACCAUCGCGCCGAGAGACGGUUCAUGUGCACGUUCUGUAACAAAGCGUUCUCGCAGUCGAAUAAUUUGCGAGCACACCUGCGUAUCCACACCAAUGAGCGACCUUAUAAAUGUCAGGAAUGUGGCAAAGCCUUUACCCAAGUGACGAAUUUAAACAAUCAUGUUCGACUUCACACGGGAGAGAGGCCUUUCGUUUGUCCGGAGCCUGGUUGUGACAAAGCAUAUGCACAGGUAACAAAUCUGAACCAACAUCGCAAACGACAUCUAUCGGGUCGCCCAUUGGAGAACUCGUACCAGUGUCCAAUAUGUGGAGAGAGAUUUUCUCAGCGAAAUCAUAUGUAUGCACACAGACGGGAAGCCCAUUCCACGUUCAAGAGUCCAGUUCGCGUGCGGUUCGCGUGCUCGAUGUGCGACGUGAAGCUGCCCACCGAGCGGCUGCUGCAGGCUCACAUUGCGCAGUUCCAUACUGACGAGGACGAGGAGCCCGAGCAGGUGCAGUUCAAGUGCGUGUUCGCGUCGUGCGGCGCGGUGGUGUCGUCGCCCCGCGAGCACACGGAGCACCUGCUGCGCGCGCACCAGCUGCGCGUGCUCGCCACCAGCGCGCACCGCCCGCCCAAGCGCGGCCGCCCGCCCAAGAUGAUGAAGGAUCCUCUCGAUAUCGGUGAUCAAUCAGAAUAUGAAGAGGUGCCAAUAAUAAAACAAGAGCCCCAAUUUGUCACGAAGUUCAAAGUGCAAAGUUUGUUCCAAUGAGUUUUAGUGACUGGUUCAUAGACUAAGCAAUAACGGAUGGCGUUCGUGCGAGAGAGUAGUCAGUAUUAUGGUUGAGAUUGUGUCCGUUAUAUAAAGUAUGGGAUCGUCUCUCUGCCCCGUUACGUCUCGAAACGGUUUGUGAAUUCAACUAAAAGUCGUUUACACGGAGUCGUGACGACAUAUCGUUCCGAUUUUUGCGGGAACAUAUCGGAUCGGAUUAACAAACGGCAAUGGGACAGUGUCGUCUCGAAUCGGUGCAAAUGGCUAUGUACUUAGAGUAUAUAUUAAUUAUUAUUUUAUAGCAUUUUGUAUAGUUUUAUUUCUACUAUAUUAUUAUCAGAGGUUUAAGAGAAACUUGCCGGAAUAUAUUAAAUAGAAGUGGCAUGGAAACCAUGUUUAUAUUAUCCUUUGUUAGAUUUAUCGUAUAAUGCAGUAACUAAAAUAAAUAAAUCACUGCUAUUAAGUGUACUGGGGCCGUAGACAAAGUAACAAUUAAAAAACGAUAACGAAGUUAGAAAAGGCAAAAAUGUAUGUGAUUGACAUACGCCGC